AUGGACACUCGUUGGGCAGAUAAAGUAAAAUUUAUGUUAAUGGUGGUAAAACUCUACUAUGUCCUGGACCCAAGCCUCCCACUUAUUCCCGAAGAUCCGGUACCUGAACUAGGGAAACAACCAGAUCUUGAUAAAAUUGCUGAUCUGGAAAAGCUAAGACUGAUCUGCAAAAAAGAGGAAACUCUUGUUUGUGGACACAUUAAGAAUGCUCUGUCAGAUUGUCUGUAUGAUCUUUAUUUCCCGAUUACGUGCCCUAGAGAGUUGUGGAAAGCAUUAAAAUUCAAUUACAAGUCACAAGAAGAUGGCACCAACAAAUAUCUUGUGUCUCAGUAUUUGAGAUUCCAAAUGGUUGAUGAAAAACAAAUUCUGGAGCAAGUGCAUGAGCUCCAAGUUUUUGUAAACAAACUAAAAAUGCUUUCUAUCGCUAUUCCUGAAAUUUUCCAAGUAGGGGCAGUGAUUGACAAACUGCUACCAUUUUGGAAACAUUUUUCUAAAAGAAUGAUGUAUAAAACCGAAGAUUAUUCUUUGGAUGAGUUACUAAAACAUCUUCGCAUUGAGAAAAAGGCACGUAAUCGGGAAAGCAGAGGCAAGUCUGUGAUUAAGGCCAACAGCGUGUAG